AUGGCCAUUGUAAAUCCUUUGAGACCACGUAUGGGAAAGAAGGCAACGCUGUGCGUUGCAAUCGUUAUCUGGAUCGUCGGGGCAAUACUUUCUUUGCCGAUGCUGCUUUUCUAUACCACUUACACCCAGAACUUUAUGAACGGUGAGGUCCGUGUCAUCUGCUAUAGCGAUUGGCCAAACAGAGAUGCUAAUGGGCUCAGUUACGACGAAUAUUUGUACAACGUUAUCUUUAUGAUACUGACGUACUUUUUACCAAUCGGAUCCAUGACAUUCACAUACGCCAGGGUCGGCCUGGAAUUGUGGGGCUCGCAGAGCAUCGGCGAAGCCACAGCCAGACAGCUCGAAAACAUUCGAAGCAAACGAAGGGUUGUAAAAAUGAUGAUAGUCGUAGUAGUGAUAUUCGCAGUAUGUUGGCUUCCGUUUCAUAUGUACUUCAUAGUGACGUCCUAUCUGCCAGAGAUUACAAACGAACCGUAUAUCCAGGAGGUUUUUCUGGGCAUUUAUUGGUUGGCGAUGUCCAAUAGCAUGUACAACCCGAUAAUUUAUUGUUGGAUGAAUACCAGAUUUCGCCGUGGCUUCGCCCAAUUCUUUUUCUGGUGCCCAUGGGUACGGGUGACGACGGAACCGUCCCUAUCACGUUCGGAGGCCGUGACGUCCCGUUAUAGCUGCACCGGUAGCCCGGACAUGCACACCAGGAUAUCGCGGAAUGGCACGGUGCGAAUACCGCUGCACCUACAAUCAAUGAGAGGCGGAAACGACCGGCUGUUGGCUCAUCAUCGAGGUCAUGGCAGAAAGUGGAGGACCUCGCAGACCAGAGGACAUAUGUCCUGACAGGAGGAGGAAAACUCUCAACAACAACGAGUACAUACCUGGAUAUAAGAACCUAUCCCUAGUCUUUUCCUCUCUGUCUGCGCGAUCGCAGUUGUGCUUAAUCACAUCUUGCAAAUAGCGACAUUUCUUGCCGCUGUCAACUGGUCACUCUGUAACACACCAAAGACACUAUUAUUUUAAUUCAAAAACUUUUACCUAGUUUUUCUGAUCACUAAUUAAUCAGGGACGCUAAUUGUAACAAAUAUUUGUGUUAUUAUUGUAUGUAUAGAGCAUAUCAUUCAAAAACUGUAAUUCUGUUGAUCAUAAUUGAAUUAUCUCGCUCCUGACGUAUCAUUCAUAGUCAUGUAAAAAAGAUGGACGGACCAAUAUUGCAGUUUCCAAAACAUUAAUACGCAGUGUUUUUCAAAAACGGAAACAUUAUACGAUUCGCGGAUAAUUGAUGUUAGGAGAGUAUAAUGUUUACAUAAAAAAAUAACGGUAUAAUGUAAUAACGUACAUUGCGUAAUUGUCGUGUUCCUAUGUGUUAAUUCUUC